ACAAACUUGCCGUAGCGCAGAACUGCCGAUCCUUCAACGUGUUCUUGGCAAAAAACAAAUGCGUUCUGCGUCUGCGUGGCUUUUGAGCCCAUCCCAUCGUCGUCUCCAUCACGUCCACCCUCUUCAUCACAAUCUUGUCAAUCUACAAUUCUAAAUAUCAAAAUGAAGAUCGCUAUCCUUGCUUCCCUUUUGGCUUCCGCCGCUGCUUUCGCACCUGCCAAGCAGGCUGCCACCAGCACUGCUUUGAACGCCUUCGAAAACGAACUCGGAGCCCAAAAGCCCUUGGGAUUCUUUGAUCCUCUUGGUUUGGUCACUGACGGUGACCAAGCCAAGUUCGACCGUCUCCGAUAUGUUGAGAUCAAGCACGGACGUAUUUGUAUGCUUGCCGUUGUUGGAUACCUUCUCACUGAGGCCGGUGUCCGUCUUCCUGGUGACAUCGCUUAUGAUGGAACCAAGUUCACUGAUGUCCCCCCCGGACUUGAGGCCCUUGGAGCCAUGCCCACCGGAGGACUUCUUCAAAUUGUUGCCUUCAUUGGUGCCCUUGAAUUCGGUGUCAUGAGGAACAUUGAAGGAACUGGAAACGAAUUCGUUGGUGACCUUCGCAAUGGAUACAUUGACUACGGAUGGGACUCCUUCGACGAGGAGACCAAGCUCAAGAAGCGUGCCAUUGAAUUGAACCAGGGACGUGCCGCACAGAUGGGAAUCCUUGGCCUUAUGGUUCACGAGAAGCUUGGUGUCUCUCUCCUUCCCGCAGGAGCUUACCAUUAAGCACUAGCUAGGCGAUUGCUUGGUCCGAGCGAAUCCUUCUUUUGCUAUAGACAAGUAGAUUUUUACUGUAAAAAUAACCUCGAUUUGUCGAACC